AUGCAAAGGUACAUAUUUAAGACACCACAUUCCAGGGUGCUACGAUCUUUACCAAGACAUGCCAUCAAUUCCACAACAAAAAGAGGUAUUGUCUCGACGAGGAGCUCUUUAAAUAACCAAUUCUUCAACUCCGAGAGACAAAGGAAGAGUUAUAAAUGGUUCUGGAGUAUCGGGUUGACAGUCGGUCUGACAGCAGCAAUUGCUGAUAAUCUCCACAACAAAAAAGAUAUUUAUAAUGAUGCCAAAUUUGACAGUUCAAAACCCAAAAUUUCACCCAGUGAAGUUAUAAAACAUAAUACACCGGAGGACUGCUGGGUAGUCAUAGAUGGCUACGUUUACGAUUUAACCAAUUUUAUUGCUUUGCACCCAGGUGGUCCGGAUAUUAUAAAAACGAAUGCUGGGAAAGAUGUAACUGCAAUCUUUGAUCCAAUCCAUCCGCCAGAUGCCAUAGAAAAGUACAUAAAACCCGAACAGCAUAUUGGUCCCCUAGAUGGUAAAUUGGAUGCAGAGUACAUAUGUCCACCUUAUGCGCCAGGUGAAACCCCAGAUGAUAUUGCAAGAAAAGCUGCUUUGAGAGCUAGAUUACCACCUUUGAGCUCAAUUAUGAACCUAUAUGAUUUUGAAUACUUAGCAUCACAAAUCCUGUCUAAACAGGCAUGGGCAUAUUACUCUUCUGCUAGUGAUGAUGAGGUCAGUUACCGUGAGAACCACAAUGCAUACCACAGAAUUUUUUUCAAUCCAAAGGUUCUUGUUGAUGUCAGUAAAGUCGAUACCUCUACAGAAAUGCUAGGCCAUAAAGUUGAUGUUCCAUUCUAUGUUACCGCAACAGCAUUGUGUAAACUAGGUAAUCCAAAAGAAGGUGAAAAAGACAUCGCUAGAGGAUGUGGUCAAGGACCAAACAAGACUCCACAAAUGAUUUCAACGUUAGCUUCCUGUUCUGUUGAUGAGAUUGUAAAUGCUGCACCAUCAAAAGACCAAGUCAUAUGGUACCAACUAUAUGUUAACUCUGAUCGUAAGAUAACUGAAAACUUGAUAAAGCAUGUCGAAGACUUAGGCGUUAAAGCUAUAUUUGUUACAGUUGAUGCCCCAAGUUUAGGUUCUAGAGAGAAGGACAAAAAGGUUAAGUUCAACAAUACUAUGAGUGGACCAAAGAGCAUGAAGAAAUCUGAUGUAGGGGAAUCAGAAGGUGCCGCUCAAACCUUGUCUAAAUUUAUCGAUCCUUCUUUGUCCUGGCAAGACAUCAAAAUACUAAGAAAGAAAACUAAAUUGCCCAUAGUUAUCAAAGGUGUGCAAAGAGUUCAGGAUGUCGUUAAAGCUGCAGAAAUAGGCUGUAAUGGUGUUGUUCUAUCGAAUCAUGGUGGUAGACAGUUGGAUUUUGCUAGGGCUCCGAUUGAAGUUCUUGCUGAAACUAUGCCUGUCUUGAAGGAGAAGAAACUGGACAAGAACUUUGAAGUAUUUGUAGAUGGUGGUGUUCGCCGUGGUACUGAUGUGAUAAAAGCACUAUGUCUUGGGGCAUCUGGUGUUGGUCUGGGUAGACCAUUUUUGUAUGCCAACUCCUGUUAUGGAAAGGAUGGUGUGCAAAAGGCGAUUGAUCUAUUGAAAACAGAGAUUGAAAUGAACAUGAGAUUGCUGGGUGUUACAUCCAUUAAGGACAUGAAUCCUGAACUAUUAGAUCUUUCUUCAUUGCAUGGUAGGACUGUCAAUGUACCAAAGGAUUCGUUGUAUGUUAAUGUUUACAACAAGCCUGAGCUAGCUGAGUUCUUAGACGAUGCCAGCGAUUGA